CUACUACUACUACUACUACUACUACUACUACUACUACUGCUACUACUACUGCUACUGCUACUGCUACUGCUGCUGUUGUUGUUGCUGCUGCUUCUGACGAAGUAUCUGGGAUAAAGAAUUACGAUUUGUAGCCAGUUAAGAAGAUAAGACAUACGUAACCACCGCAGUGACGACACACUCUUAAUUUCGCCACUGGACAGUAACUACAACAACAACAACAACAAUCCUGACCGCUACCACGGCUAUCAGUCUUCGUUGAGACACGUUUAGUUAUCACUGAAGGUGAAUUGUUGGACCCCUGCUGCGCACCCAUAAAAAGUUAUUCAAGGACAAUACAUAUACAUUUAUACAUGUGUUAUCUAUAAACAUUUUAUACACACACACACACACUCUCUGUCUCUCUCUCAGACAGACAGACAGACAGACACACACACACACACACACACAACACCACACACACACACACACACACACACACAUAUAUAUAUAUAUAUAUAUGUAUGUUCAUUUACACACCGGCGCACAUGUGUACUUUUGAAAAAAGUUCACUUAGUAAUUUUGUUUGAUAUACAUGUUUAUAAAUUACGGAGGAUUAUUUUGAAAGAAAACAGAAAAUAUUAUUAAAGCGGCGAGUACAAGAUUAUUACAACAUAAAAUCUGUUGGCUGUGUGUCCAGACAUUCUCCUCAAAGCUCUUCUCAUCAUUACACGCGUACGCAAGUAACUGGACCCUGAAGUGCGAGGCUUGCUGAGUGGCUGUCGGUACACGCGCACUGUGUCUGUGUGUGCGCCCCUGUGUCUGCGGCUGUGCUUAUAUGUUUGUGAGUGUGUUAGUGUUGUGUGCGCCUGUUUGAGUAUUUGCUCCUCUACCAGUGAGUGCAACUAUUAUAGUCAGCCUUUGUGCACGAGAUUGUGUCUGUGUGUGCGCGCGUGUGUGUGCGUGAGUAAGUUUUACGGGCUUGCGCACAGGCUGCCGAUUCUGAACACGUUGAGUGAGAAACAGCAGUUAGAAUGACAGACGGCGAUACAAACAGAUCAUCUUCGAAACAUUUGGGAAACAAACAGCGUAGGAAUUUCUUUUCUCUCAAAGAACUGUCGCAGUGUUUACAGGAAAGCAUGAAAUCUCAAAUAGACGAUGUACGGUCCACUAUUUUCUGGAAAGCAUUUCUUGCUGAAAUUAUUGGAACUUUCUUCCUCGUGUUUUUAAUCAUAGGUUCGUUGAUGCACGAUCCUAAGAAGGAAACAGGACCCGACCAUUUGUAUGUGGCCAUUCUGGCCGGCUUCUUCAUCGCCACCAUCAUUAUGACAUUUUUACAUGUGAGCGGUGGACAUGUGAACCCGGCGAUCAGUAUAGGCUUUCUGGUUACACGCCACAUAAGUUUGCUACGCUUCAUCGCCUACUUGGCCGCUCAAAUGCUCGGUUCAGUGGCCGGAGCAUACAUGCUGAAGGUGCUUUGUCCGGCAACCAUGACCAGCACUCUGCAUACGGUCAAACCCAACGUGGAUAUGUCCGACCUGCAGGCGCUAAUUAUGGAGUUUAUCGUAACAUUUUUCCUCUUGUUUGCUGCUUUCUCAAUGAUUGACCACGGAAGAAAGGAUGUCUCCGGAUCGAUCCCACUCGGAAUUGGUAUAAUCGUCAUCAUCAAUAUUUUGGCUUGUGUAAGUACAACCAUCUUUAUUCCCAACUCAUACAGACCGAACAAGUAAGAAUAUGAAAGAAAGAAAGAAUGAAAGAAAGAAAGGAAGGAAGUAACA